AUUUCACAAGGUUUAGCCGCUAGAUGGAGACAUUCCUCCGUAUAAGUUACGUUAUAAAGUUUUCUCAGUUUAAUAACUGUUUUAAUCCCAAAUUAUUUUAUAAGGUUAUUCUUUUAAAAUAAAAUUUCUCGUCUGUUUUGUGGUAUUUAACAGUCAGAAACAGCUAAAUAAUAAUCCGACGUAUAAAUUACUUAUUUUUAUAUUCAAUGCUUUUUUAUUUUUUACAGUGUACAAAGUCGUCACGUCAUGCAAAAUAAACAGGAGGACUUACAAAACACAAACAAGAUGACAUGUGGAAAACGAAACUAUGACAAAAAUAGACAUCAACAUGACAAUGAAAGAUGGCAAAAACAGCCAUAAAGUUAGGGUUAAACUAAAGGAAAAGACAGAUAAAAGUGAGAUAAAAGAAAUAAUUAUAAAGAAUAAAGUCAAUGCCUAGUGUCAAACAGAGUGACAUUAAAAUUAACUGUAGCACAGUGAGUCGCACAGUUUCGUUUAUACGUAUUCUGUGGUUUAAGUGGAAAGCGAAACUUAACUAGUAUAUUAACCCAAAAUAGGCAAAGUGCAGUAGAUAACCGAUUAUAUAAUCGUGUACUGAGACCAUGUGAAGACAUAACAUCACCAGAGGAGCCUGUGCUUCAACUAUUUGCAAAAGAAAUGUCGGAGGAGGAUCUUAAAAAACUGUCCUGUCACUUUACUUGGGGCUUGCGAAAGGAAGAUGCUGAUCUUAAUUUCCUUGAUGUCAAAGUCUGUGAAAUACUAGCAGUGCAAUGUGAAUAUGGAGGAAACUUAAAACACAGAGAAUUCAACUUUUUGGCCUUCAUUAAACAUCUACAAGGUUUAAAUGACAAGGCACUUAAAAACUUGGAACUAGCAGAGAAGGAACACUCGGGCAAUGAAAAAAAUUUGAUUGUGACGUAUGGAAACUUAGCUUGGGUGCACAGUAUCAUGGGAAAUGGGGGCAAAGCCCAAACCUAUGUGGAGAAAGUGAAAGAUAUUUUCACAGCUUUUCCCACCUCAUCUCCAACAGAUCUUCACAGAGAGGUCCAAAGUGAAAAGGCCUGGUCAUUUCUUAAGUUUUCUAAAAAAUCCUACAUCAGGGCCAAGGAAAUUUUCUUUGAAGCCGUACAGAAAGAUCCCGAUGAUCAGGAAUGGAACACAGGUUAUGCCUUUUCUCUUUUCCGUCUAGAGGGACUGGAGGUUGGUGAGUUCAGACGUGUACGUUUUGACGAGUCUCCUGCUGUGGUCCAGUUAAAGAAAGCACUGAAACUGGACCCAGACAAUGCAAUGAUCUAUGUAUAUCUGGGACUCAAAUGUUACAAGAACACCAGGAACGCUGAAGCAUGGGAAUUCAUGAACAAAGCCCUUAAAAUGGCCCCGGAUAACCUGGGUGUCGUUUUGCGUGUUGCCAAGUUUAUGAAGAAAGAACAGUGUUAUGACAUGGCUCUGAAAGUUUUGCUUGGAAUGCUGAAGAAAGCACCGGUUUCUUCACGUUUACAUCACGAGAUUGCCAACAAUUAUCGCUGGAAGGCCAUGCAGAUAAAAGACAUACACAACCCACGAUUGCUUAACCUAUGCAUUCACCAUUUAGAGAAGGGUGCUAGUUUAAAUCCAGGCUUCAUAUACCCACAGUUGGAGUUAGCUCUAAGAUACUCAGAAGUAAAGCAAACUGUUAAAGCAGAACAAAAGUUCAAGGAGUUGUUGGCCCUUCCUGACCUCAAACCAGCCGAUCUUCAAGCCUGGCAUCGCAUGUAUGGAGACUUUCAACUCUACAGGUUGAACUAUGAGUCAACAGCAGUUGAGCAUUACAAACAAGGAUUGAUGCUGAAUCGGGUGUCUACUGAAUGGAACGCCUGCAGAAACAGACUAAAUAAAGUGCUUCGGCGUGACAGAAGUGACACAUACCAAAUCCAGAAGUUUUUUGAUUCAUUAAAAACAGAGCACAAUUAGGCUAAGUUAAAAAGGUAUAUCAUAUUCUCUGUUCAUUGAUAUGUAACAAUCUACAAAAAUGUAAAGGUUCUAUAAAGGGUUCUUCAGUAAAGCCUUAGAAGAAACAUUUUUAAUUCCUUAUAAACCUUUUAGUCAAAGAAUUUUAGCUUAUUAUAGUCUGAAGAACAGUGGCGGCCAGUGAGUUCUCUUCCGAGGGGCGCAAAUUCAGAAUAUGUGCGUCGUGUGAACCAUGUGCAUCAUGUUAAACAAUCUGCCUGCUGCACACGCAUUGAAAGGGUUUAUGAUAAAAGAAACGCUCACAUUCACAAAAUACUCACAAGACACUCACUUAAAGGAACAGUAUGUAGGAUUGUGGCCAAAACUGGUAUUGCAAUCACUAAACUUGUGGCUAAAACUGGUACUGCAAUCACACAACUGGUGGCAAUACACAACAUGACAACAUAAAUAUCAGUUGAGGGCUGCAACUCCACUUUUUAAAUGACAAUAUCCUGGCCAGACCACUGUUGUCAGUGAUAUAAGUAUUUAAAAUGAAAAUGAUUUCUUAAUGUCUAGUGACAUAUCAGGGCCAUUUUAUGAUUAAUUGAUAUACAUUUCUUACAUACUGUUCCUUUAACACUAAACUUUGAUUAAUCUUAGCCGAUGUACUCUGCUUCUUAUAUUGUCCAAUGAUUUGUUGGUGUUUUGUCCUGCUUUUAUUAAUUUAAAGCUGCUUUAAAACAAUUAAACAAUUGUGAAAAGCAUAUAUAAAUACAAAUAAAUUGCAUUAAAUUGUGAGAUUAAGCGAGUAUCUGGCAAAAGUGAGGAUCUCUUUUAUCAUAAACCCCUUCAAAGCGUCUGCAGCAGGCAUGUAUUUUGACAUGACACGUGAUGCACAUAGGUUUAUAUGAUGCGCUGAACACAUAUUUUAACAUGACAAGCCACACACAUGACGGGCUAAACACAUGUUGUGGCAAACUUCGCAUUGUGCACCCUUGAAAAAGCAGUCACCGGCCGCCACUGCUAAGGAACUUUGCAACAGAAAGCUUCUGUGGAUGUUAAAGGUUCUUCAUGGAACCAAAUACCAGACAAAGAUCAUUUUAGAAAUCUUUAUAUUUAAGAAUGUUAUGGUUUACUUUCAAGAUACUUUUCUAAACCAGUAAGAAGAAAUAUGAGUGGUUUUCCAGACAAGGAUUAGCUUAAUCCACGACAAGGCCUUAAUUUUAUUUGUAAAUAUAUAACUAGUUUUAACAAACAUGCCUUACUUAAAAAAAUUACUUGUGUGCAUUUUGAAACUAAAGGCACUGAUGUAUUUUAAGAUGUCAGUGGAAGUUGUUUUCAGUUUGGACAGCUCAUACAUUUAUUUUAGUCUAGGACUAGUCUAAUCCCUGUCCGGAAAACUGCCCCAUAAUGUAUUAACUCAUGUAAUGUGAUUUCAGCUUGUGCUUUAUUUUUUGUCCAUGGUGGUCACUGUGUAAUCAGAAUUGUUAAACAACAAUGUAAUGUAACCAGCGUGUUUAUAACUGUCUAGUUUUAAAAUACUGAUUAAAUCCGUGUUAAUCUCUCAGUAAAAGUAUUACAUCAA